GAAGACAGUCGACGCCCUCCUAAGAGACCGGCAACCAAUCAGCGGAGUCGGAGGGUGGGCAGGGAAGUUGCGCUCACAGUGCGGGCGGGGCGGAGGCGGCGAGAUUCCCCGGUCCGAGAGCGCCAUGGCCGGUUACCCGUACGGGCAGGGUUACCCCGGAUCAGCAGGGCCAGCCCCAGGCGCCCCGCAGGGCGGUUACUAUUCCGGAGGCCAGUAUGGAGGUGGGCUGCCACCUGGUGGUUCUUAUGGCGGCCCAGCACCUGGAGGCCCCUAUGGGCCACCAUCUGGCGGAGGGGCUUAUGGGCAUCCCACCCCGGGCGGGGCACCAUCUGGAGCUCCUGGGGGACCUUAUGCAGGAGGCCCAGCCCCAGGAGGGCCUUAUGGGCAGCCAUCUACCAAUCCCUAUGGUGCCCCUCAGCCAGGACCCUAUGGAGCCGGGGCUCCUGCUGGUAACAUGCCACCCGGUGUGGACCCGGAGGCCUUUUCUUGGUUCCAGACAGUGGAUGCUGAUCACAGUGGCUACAUCUCCAUCAAAGAGCUCAAGCAGGCCCUGGUCAACUCCAACUGGUCUGCGUUUAAUGAUGAGACCUGCCUUAUGAUGAUAAACAUGUUUGAUAAAACGAAGUCGGGACGGAUCGAUGUCUUUGCGUUCUCGGCCUUGUGGCGCUUCAUCCAGCAGUGGAAGAACCUCUUUCAGCAGUAUGACAGAGACCGGUCAGGCUCCAUCAACUUCAGUGAGCUGCAGCAAGCUCUGGCCCAGAUGGGAUACAACCUGAGCCCCCAGUUCACCCAGCUGCUGCUGGCCCGUUACUCUCAGAGGGCUUCCAACGCCACCAUCCAGUUGGAUAGCUUCAUUCAGCUCUGCACCCAGCUCCAGAGCAUCACCGAAGCUUUCCAGGAGAAGGAUACCGGCAGGGUAGGCAGCGUGCGGCUCAGCUAUGAAGACUUCCUCACUAUGGCUGCGACUCGCAUGUUGUGACGCCUUGGGACGUUUCUUUGCCUGAGGGUAGUGAGGGAAGGCUGGAAAUGAGUCACCGGGAGCGAUCGAUCAGCCCCUCUCGCCUGGAUAUGUGUGUCCUCCGGCAGAAAGGAUAAACCCAUUCCAUUUCCUCUCCCCACUGUGUAACCAACGUGAAGUGCCUGAGAACGAGGGAGCAACAUGGACAGGUGGAAUCAGGCUGUGAACGCAUGUAGCAGAAGCCCCGCUGUCAGUCGCUUUGAUUUCAGUCUCCAGUCCACAAAACCUUUUAGAUGUCCCUGCCAAAAACAUUGGUUACAUUCUAUUGCCACCAGGGGGCACACCACAUCAAAGGAAGGGCAGCAUUGUAAAUUACACUGUAUGGGAACUCUCUUUUUCAGGAGAACAAGUGUCCUCUGCCCCUCACCACCUGUCAGGGUCAGGGCCAGUUCUGGGGGGGGGGUGACGAGAGCGGUUACCCUAGGCACCAACUUUUGUGGGGGGCUGCGCUGCUGUGCUGUUCAGCUCUGAGUGGCCACCUUUUUUCCCUCGGUCACUCAGGAGGCACCAAAAAAUGUUUUCUGCCCUUGCCAGCAAAACAGCUAUGGCUGCUCUUGUCUCCGGUUGGUAAAACUACUUCAGUCCCCAAAAUAUGCUCUCCUGCCACCCUGGGAGGAUGCUGUCCUGGUUGUCAGGCAUCUGAAAAUGUUUAUUCCUCCUCAGCCAGCCUUAUGGGGUUUGCUUCCUUGUUUCCCCACAGUAGCUUAGUGACAUCUUACCUCGUAUGAUCCUUAAUAUCCAAAGCGGCAAGUGAUGCAGCAUUUGUAUUGACAACUGUUCCGAUUCCUGUGCCCGAGUGCUGGCAUUUCAAAACUGACUCCCUUGCCAAAGAUUAAGCAUUUAACACAACCAUUGCACACACUUCCUUUCCCUCAUUGUGGGGUCCUGUUCUUUUGUGCCGCGUAGCUUGACGUCUGAGUCCUAUCCAGUGCACGGUUCCUACGCAGCGUGAAAUUGGGCCGCUUGACUUGAGUGACAAACGGGAUAAUUAGCUCCCCUUUUCUUGCCAAUGUGUAUUUGAGUUUUUGUUUUCAUUUGUAGGGGCCAAAAUCAUGAAGGGCUUUAAGCUUCAGUAAACAGUUUAUACUUAGAUCAUUGCAAUAAAAUACCAUGUGCAUUA